UUCAAACGUUCAACUAAUGACGUCACACUAACGCAACCUAAAUGAACACAUUGCCAUCCCUGAUGUGUAAUAAUACUCUUUGUCAAUUGUUUCCCAUUGCUGGCGAUAUAGCUGUAUGAUAUUUUUAGAAUCUUUUUCUUCUGACACUUUGCCAAGAUGUCGCUAGUAAUCCCAGAGAAGUUCCAACAUAUUUUGCGUGUCAUGGGCACGAACAUUGACGGAAACAGAAAAGUUAUGUUCGCAAUGACCGCAAUUAAGGGAGUUGGAAGGCGUUACGCAAAUAUUGUCCUCAAAAAAGCGGAUAUUGAUUUGGACAAACGCGCCGGAGAAUGUUCCGAAGAAGAGGUAGAAAAGAUCGUGACUAUUAUGAGUAAUCCCAGACAGUAUAAAAUUCCUGACUGGUUCCUCAACAGACAGAAAGACAUCGUUGAUGGAAAGUACUCACAGCUCACGAGUUCCAAUUUGGAUUCAAAACUUCGUGAAGAUUUGGAACGUAUGAAGAAAAUCAGAGCCCACAGAGGUCUUCGUCAUUAUUGGGGUCUUCGUGUUCGUGGUCAACAUACCAAAACCACCGGUAGACGUGGACGAACUGUUGGUGUCUCCAAAAAGAAGUAAAUCAAUUCUUUUUAUCUAUUUCUAUGAAUAAAAUUAUAAAAACAAAAAAAUCA